CUUGCAAUUACAUCUACUGCGGCACCAUUUCACUUAGGCCGAUGAAUAAACUCGGACCCAUAAAAAUGUAACGCAUUUCUUGUCCGUGGCUAGAAAAGUUAUGAAACCUUGAAUCCCUUGACGCUUUUCGCAAAUGUCAAAGGACUGUUUAGACAAAGAAUGGCAUCCGCUCCUUCUCCAGACCCUCACAACCGCAGCAGGAGUGAAGAUGAGGGUGAUCCAGUGGACCAGAUGAUCUCCAUGACCGGUUGCGCUGAGCUGCACUACGCUCUGCAGGAGUGCAUGGCUGAGCAUCAGGACUGGAGGAAAUGUCAGACUGUGGUUCAGAAGUUUAAAGAGUGCAUGGCCACCUACCAAAACACUCGCAAAGAGCAACUCCUCAAGCAGAGGACUUCAAACACACAAUCUGCCUGAUGCACAGGCCCCGAGACAGUGUUGCGCACCGAGGUAAAAACAGUUUCAGGUUGGAUAUUCGACGGAUAUUCGCGCUGUCAAACCUCAAUAGCUUUCAAACCAGUUGAGCCACGGACUCCAAAUAAGUGUCAUGAUGUUGGAAAAAUUGCGCACAACAUUGCACAGGUCUUAUUUUCACGAUUCGGACAUUAAUUCGCUUUCCAAAGCUAAUAAACCUGUGAAAAUGUGAGCAGCAUUCCUAUUCCUACUUGAAUUAGUUAGGGAGCACAAACAAAGUACAAACUUUUUAACAUUCUAAUUUAAAAAGCUCCUUGGUCAUGUGACCUAUUGACCUCAAACAAGGGUCAGAAUGUUCAUUGACUACCCUUCUGUGAAACAAUGAAAAAUUCAUGUAAAAUAGUGUUAGAUGAAAAUGGGAGUAUAGAAGGGCUGUCAGUGAACAUUCUGACCCUUGUUUGAGGUCAGUAGAUCACAUGACCAAGGAGCUAUUGAAAUUAGAAAGUUUAAAUUAUUCAUAUAAAUAGUGUAUGAUGAAAAUGGACAAACUAAAGGGUGUGCAAUAUAGAAGGGUAGUUAGUGGACAUUCUGACCCUUGUUUGAGGUCAGUAGGUCACAUGACCAAGGAGCUAUUGAAAUUCUAAAUAAAUUUUUUUUCAAUUAAAAUCAUGUGAAAUGAAAACCGACCAACUAAAGGGUAUGCAAUAUAGAAGGGUAGUCAGUGGAUAUCCUGAUCCAUGUUUGAGGUCAGUAGGUCACAUGGCCAGAGAGCUAUAGAAAUUUGCUACAAUGAAAAACAUAUACAAAUUUGUGUAAAAUCACCUGAGAUGAAAAUGGACAAACAAAAGGUGUGCAAUAUUUAAGGCUAGUGAGUGGCUGUUCUUACAGUAGUUUGAGGGUUCUAGGUCACAUGACCAAGGGGCUAUUGAACUUGAACAUUUGAACAAAUAAUUUAAAAUAGUGCAAGAUGUAAAUCUACAAAACAAAGUGUGUGCAAUAUGUGUCUCUUCCGUUGGGUCAGCUACAACCAGUUUUUAAAGAUUUUGGAGUAAUGGGUAAAGAGCUAUUAAAAUUUGAUUUGUCACUAUGUUGAUGGUCCCUAACUGCUGUUGGUGGACUUAAGGAAAACUACAGGUGAAUAUCCAUCAAAUAUCCAACCUGAAACUGUCUUUACCUCGGUGUGCUUCACAAUAAAACAUCCAAGGACUUGUACUGUACACAAUCUCAGUAUCUCAUUGGCUUACCAAUGUGUGUGUGUUGUGUUGUGAAUGGCUCUGCAAAUGUUGCUGAAUUACAUUAAUGUACAGCAGACAGGAAUGCCUAAAAUAUUAUACUAAAUCUCUGCUGACAAAAUACAGCUCAGACCAACAUAACCUGUUUGGCUAGUCUUAGCUGUUAAAGCUGGUCUCCCAGCCUGACCAGCUAAAAAGUGCCCAAAGACCAACCAACCAGCUUAGGCUUGUUUUAGCUGGGGGGGCAGUAGGCAUGUCUACAAGCGACUGAUGUAUGUGCAGGUAUAAACAGUACCAGUCAAUAGUCUGUACACCUGAAUAAAUGAAUUCUGAUCUUAAGUUGUUCUUAUAAUUAAAGCUUGAAAAAUAUUAUUGUAGACAAUAAAAGGUGAACGUGCA